AUGGCGGUACCCUUGCUCUCGAAGAGGAUCGUGAAGAAGCGCGUGAAGAAGUUCAAGCGCCCUCAAAGCGAUCGCAAGAUCUCCGUCAAGCCAAGCUGGCGCAGACCCAAGGGUAUUGACUCUCGUGUCAGGAGGAAGUUCAAAGGAUGCACUUUGAUGCCCAACAUUGGUUAUGGUUCAGAUAAGAGAACUCGCCAUUAUCUUCCAAAUGGUUUCAAGAAAUUUGUUGUGCAUAAUGUGAAAGACCUUGAGCUUCUCAUGAUGCAUAACAGGACAUACUGUGCUGAGAUUGCCCACAAUGUAUCCACGAGGAAGAGAAAGGACAUUGUUGAGAGAGCUGCACAGCUUGAUGUAGUUGUGACAAACAAAACCGCCAGACUACGGAGCCAGGAAGAUGAAUAG